AUGCCCGCCUCAUCGCUCUUCGAAAUGGCCAAGCGGCGCGUCAUCCGCAACAUCCACCUCCUGACGGACGUGGGCGACGAGCUGCCCUACCGCAUCCUCGAGCCCAUCCUCAAGAAGAUUGAGAACCCGAGCCAGCUGCGCGAGAUUGAGAAGAACAGCCCGCACCUGGCCGAGGACACGGGCGAGCUGUGGCUGGCCUUCAUCAAGCGCGACAUCCAGAACUGGGAGGACCGGGCGCACGUGCCGCGCAACCCGUCGUCGUGGGCCAAGGUGUACGCCAAGCUGAAGCGCGACCAGGAGGCCGAGAUCGAGCAGCAGCAAAGGGCGCUCAAGGACGCCCUCAAGAAGAAGGAGCUCGAGCGCAAGAAAAACACCAGCACCCUGCUCAACCGCAACUUUGCCGACCCGCGCCGCGCCAAGGGCGGCUGGGGCAGUAGUAGUAGUAGCACCCAAGCUGCCCAAGUCGCCAGAGACCCCCGCAACUUCACCUACCGCCCCGGCGAGAAGAAGAAGACGCUCACCGGCAAGGGCAUCAUCGCCAAGAUCCAGCACCAGGCCGCCGACCACCGCUCCCAGCAGCGCCUGGCCCAGGGCAACGCCCGCGCCCUCACCCACUCGUCCCUCGGCAAGGUGACGGUCGCCCCCAAGAGCAUGGCCCCGGAGCCGUCGCGCAUGCCCGUCGACAACGGCCGCCGCGUCGGAGGCCCCGUCACGGGCCUGGCCGCCGUCGGCGGCGACCGCUUCCUCCAGGAGCGCCGCGAGGCCAUCAAGAAGAAGGAGGACGCCGCAAAGGAGCGCGACCGCCUCCGCGACCGCGAGGCCAGGCUCAAGGCCCUGGCUUCGGGCCACAAGCUCCCCCCAAGGGACGGCUCGCCCGCUGAGGGCCCCUCCUUCUCCUCCUCGUCCCGCGGCCGGGAGGCGGGCGCUGGUGGCCUGCCGGCUAGGAAGGCUCCGCCGCUGGGUAGUAGCAGGCGCUCGCCCUCGCCGCCGGGUGGACGGUCGGCCAACAAGAGGAAGCGCGAUGCCAAUGUUUUCAUGGCGCCGAGGAAGAAGUGA